AUGGCUCAGACUACAUGUGAGCUUCUUUGGCUACAACAGCUGCUCACUUUCUUGAAGAUUGAGGUUUGCUUUUCUGCCAAGCUUUUCUGUGACAAUAAAUCUGCCAUAUACAUUGCCACGAAUCCCGUGUUCCAUGAACGGACGAAGCAUGUGGAGAUUGACUGUCACACUGUGCGUGAUCAAGUGAAGAAUGGCUUCUUGAAAUUGAUGUCUGUCGCGAGUGAGAACCAACACGCUGAUAUACUUACGAAGCCACUUCAGCCUGGUCCAUUCUUUUCCCUCCUUAAUUGUAUGUCUAUGUCAAGCCUAUUCUCAUCUCAACGUGGUUCUGAGACAUCGGCUUGA